AUUUCGAACCGCACCGAGUCCUAUUUUCCCUUUAUCUAAACCCCUGUAAAAAGAUCUCCCCCAAAAACCCUUACCCAUUUCCUUCUUCUGCAACAAUGGCCGCCGCAGUCGCCCGAUCACUCCUCGCCUUCCGAUCGACUGGAGUCUCCGUCUCCCCUGUUCUCUCCAGGCGCUUGUUCUCGUCCACUGUGUCCAACCCGCCGCCUCUCCCCGGAUUUUCCCGGACACGAAUUUCUACAACGCGUUAUGCAGCGCCGUCACUAUCUCACUUCCUCUGCGACGUUUCUCCUGUCAGGGUUAACCAGGUCCGAUGCCGAGUCAACAGGUCCGGCUCUGGCUAUUCGCCUCUGAAUUCGGGGACGAGCUCCGGCGACCGCCCUCCGACCGAAAUGGCUCCGCUCUUCCCCGGCUGUGACUACGAGCACUGGCUUAUUGUGAUGGAUAAGCCUGGCGGUGAAGGAGCGACGAAGCAGCAGAUGAUUGAUUGCUAUAUCGAAACCCUAGCAAAAGUCGUCGGCAGUGAGGAGGAGGCAAAAAAGAAGAUAUAUAAUGUGUCCUGUGAGAGGUAUUUUGGAUUUGGAUGUGAAAUUGAUGAGGAGACCUCUAACAAGCUUGAAGGUCUGCCUGGUGUUCUGUUUGUUCUUCCAGAUUCUUAUGUUGAUCCUGAAUAUAAGGACUAUGGAGCUGAAUUGUUCGUAAAUGGAGAGAUUGUUCAGCGAUCUCCCGAGAGGCAGAGGCGAGUGGAGCCAGUGCCGCAGAGAGCUCAGGACAGGCCAAGAUACAAUGAUCGAACCCGGUAUGUGCGGCGACGCAAUAAUAUGCAGUGAUCCAAAACAUAUAUAUAUAUAUUAUGGCAUCCAACAACACCUCUCCCUGUGGCUUUGGCUUUGGCUGCUGCUGCUUUGUAGAGUUUGUUUAUGAAUUAUCUGUUCGACCUAUUUGGAACUUGUAAUGGGUUUGCAGUAUUUUUAAAAA